AUGAAAGAAGAAGAAAAUUGCCCUAAUAAAAUAGAACCUUACAAAGGAAAAGGCAAAGGGAAUGGAAAAAAAACUAAAACAUCCUAUUUGGAAGCAAAAGAAAUACAAGAAAAAGAAAAUCUCGAGAAUAAUAUAGAAAACAAUGAGAUUAAAGGAAAAGAUAUGGAGGGAAUAACAAAAAAAUCAAGUUUGAAAAGAAUAGAAACAGAAGACAAGGACAAUAAUGAUAACAACAAAGAAUGGAAAGAAGAGUUUCACAUAAACGAAGAACAAGAAAAAUACCGAUUAACAAGGCAGGAAAAUUACGAUUACAACACGAAUUACGACAAUUAUGAUAAUAAUAUUGGUCAGGUAAAUUACGAUAACGUCACGGUUUACGAAAAUUAUCAUAAUAAUAUGGAACAACAAAAUUAUAACAGUAUUACGGAAACGGAAAACUACAAUAAUAUCUUACAAGAAUUAAAAUGCGGAAUACCUAAUGAUAACAUAAACAGUCUGCCCAUUCUCUUUUUUGACAGCAUAUGUGAAGAGCUCACGAUCAAUACUGAAAAACCUGCUGAUGAUAAUACUAUUAUGGAGAAUAAAGUAAAAAUAAUAUCGAAUGAGCUAGUGAAUGACGAUCAGUAUAACAAAAAAUACAGAUCACCUAUUAUAAAAAAGUACAAGACUGUAGCGGUAAAAGAUCUCAUUAAAUUGCCAAAGAAAAACCAUACAAAUAAUUACUACAAUAAUAGUGACAAAAUAUUAAAAGUUUUAGAAGAGGAUGAUGACAUG